GCUGCACUCAGCAAUGCUAGCAGAGAGCCUGCUGCUUACCUGCUGCAGGAGCCUUGGAGACCAGGUGGGAGAGCCUCAUCAGCGAGCAGAGGUGUGAGCACAGGGGGCCCAAGGAAGGAAGGAAGGAUGCCACCCCGGGAGCAGCAACAGAAGAGGGAGGCAGACAGCCAGAGGAAGGAAUAAGAAUAAGAAACCUUCUCCCAGGGAGUGAAAGAAAAUAUCCACUCCUUUGAUGCCUAGUCUCCUGGAGAGAUGCAGGGUUUUUAAAGACAUGCAUCACCCAGAAGAGAAACGGAGCCCUGAAUCAAGGUGGGGAGGAGAGGCAGCUGGCAUGAUCGGAUGGGCUGGGUGGAAGAGCUGCCUGAAGACAAGGCAGAAGUGGAAAUGGAGUUUCUCACGAUUUUGCCGCUGGCUCCCAGGCCCCAAACUGAUCUAGUAAGAUCCUUGCUUCAUUCUUCUGCCAUGGACAAUUUCAACUUCACCACACUGGCUUCAUGGGGAGAGAAUUCAACAGCCAGCGGGACAGACUCUGUGUCUGGGAACCUAUCCGUAGCUGCCAGCCUCAGUCUGGAUGUCAGCGGCAUCCUCAUCCCUCUGGUUUACCUCAUCGUCUGUGUGGUAGGGCUAGCUGGCAACUCCUUGGUCAUCUAUGUGGUAUUGUGUCAUGCCGUGAGUGAAUCAGUGACCAAUGUCUACAUCUUCAACUUGGCAUUGGCAGACGAACUCUUUAUGCUUGGCCUACCCUUCUUGGCUACACAGUAUGCCUUGAGCUACUGGCCCUUUGGCUCAUUCAUGUGCCGGCUCGUGAUGGCUGUGGAUGCCAUAAACCAGUUCACUAGCAUUUUUUGCCUGACUGUGAUGAGCAUUGACCGCUAUCUGGCCGUGGUGCACCCAGGGAAAUCAUCAAAAUGGCGGACAGCCCGUGUGGCCAAGGUGGUCAGCAGCACAGUGUGGGUGCUCUCUUCAGUGGUGGUGCUGCCAGUGGUGGUUUUCUCAGAUGUCCCAAAAGGCAUGAACACAUGCCACAUCCAGUGGCCUGAGCCAGCCUCAGUGUGGAAAGCUGGCUUCAUUGUCUACACAGCUGCCCUUGGCUUCUUUGGGCCGCUGCUGGUCAUCUGUCUAUGCUAUCUGCUUAUUGUUUUCAAGGUCCGUUCAUCAGGCAGAAAGGUGCAAGCACUGACAGCCAAGCGCAAGCGCUCCGAACGAAGGGUCACCCGCAUGGUGGUCACUGUGGUGGCGGUCUUUGUACUCUGUUGGCUGCCGUUCUAUGUGCUCAACAUAAUCAACGUCACCUGCUCUUUGCCAGAGGAACCGUCACUUUUUGGGAUCUACUUCCUGGUAGUGGUGUUGCCUUAUGCGAACAGCUGUGCCAAUCCCAUCAUCUAUGGCUUCCUCUCCUACCGCUUCAAGCAGGGUUUCCGCAGGGCCAUUCUGCGACCCUCCCGCCGAGUGCAGAACCAAGAAGUCGCUGCAGCUGCAACUACAUCAGAUAAGGAGGAAGAGGAGGAGGAAGACAUGGAAGCAGAUGUGACGGAGGUCAGCAAGAUUGCCCAGAAUGGCAAUGGCAGGCAGGAGUGUGCUCCAAUUAGUGGGGCAGGGGCAGGGAGUGAACAGAAGCAACUCCCCGAGGAGAGUGUUAGCAGUGAGAAACCCAGCAUUAUGAAUACUAGUUACUUAUAGUGUCUAGGAAGGGGCUUCUCUGUUUUCUUCAGUGCUCUGGCUGUGACUCACAUGGAGUAACAUUUGUGGAGUAACAUUUGUGGAGAAUCAUUCAUGACUCAAGAUUCCCCUAAAAUAUGAAAGAAGAAGCCUGAAAGGAAACUUUCAUAAAAUAUGAAAGAAGAAACCCGAAAGGUUAACUUGGCAAAGAGGCACUUUUUAAUGUGGUGAUUCUCUUUAUUUAGCAGGGGGAGAGUUACUGGCCCUAUCCACCCCCAGCACAGUACCUCCAGUGACUGUUGCUGGUGUCUAUCUUAUGUUUCUUUUUAGAUUGUGAGCCCUUUGGGGACAGGGAUCCAUCUUAUUUAUUUAUUAUUUUUCUGUGUAAACCGCCCGGAGCCAUUUUUGGAAGGGCAGUAUAGAAAUCAAAUUAUUAUUAAUGAUGAUGAUGAUGAUGAUGAUGAAGAAGAAGAAAGGAAGGUUUCAAGAACUCUAAAGCAAGGCCUAAUAAUCAGUUUCCACAGACAAUACUAGAGUGGUGGUGACUCUGUAGAGCAAAGACUUCUGGGAUACAGUUUGGGAGAAGGAUGCCUGCACAGCCGGCAUGCUGAUCACUAGAGUUACUCUAAGUAUACUACCCUAAAUACCCUCUACAACAGGGCUGCAUAGCUUUGGCCCUCCAGCUGUUGUUGGACUACAACUCCCAGCAUCCCCAGCCACAGAAGCCAAUAGUCAGGGAUGAUGGAGUUUGUAGUCUAACUUCUGCAGGCGGGCCAAAGUUGUGCAGCCCUAUAUUGCACAGAUAAAAAUAGGGACUCUGCUGUAACACCUCCGUUUUCUCACCAUGGACCAUGGCCAAGCACACACACACACCCUCCCCACACACAGACUGCAACACAUAGCCAAAGUCUCUACUCCACCCAUUGCAUUCUGUAUUCAUUUCCCCUGUAACAACACUGGCUUCUGAAGCAGAGUGUGUUAAUCAACUAAGCAUACAGGUUUCCUUAAAAAAACAACACACACACACACACACACACACACACACAAACCCUUCAUAGAACUUCCAUCUCACCAUGGCUCAAUGUACUUCUUAAAGCAUCACAACGACUCAACAAAUGCAUUCAACCACGUUUACUGUCUAGCUAAGCAUUACAGGAAGGAGAAAGAAGAGAAGCAGGGUGCAAGACCUCGUAUGAAUGGCAUGUUUUAAAAGGGCACCCUCUAGAAUCUUUCCCAAAGUCUAGCUGGAGACACAAGAGGGAUGGUAAUUGACUGAGAGGCAGAAAAUAGGAACUGACCCUAGUAGAUAGGAGCUGUUGAAACAUAUGGUGUGUAGGGCAGGGGUUCCCAUCCUUGGGUCCCCAGAUGUUGUGUGACUACAAAUCCCAUCACCCCCGCCGUGAUGGCAAAAGGCUGCUUUGGCUGAUGAUGUUGGGAGCUGGAGUCCCGCACUAUCUGGGGAUCCAAGGAUGAGAGCCCCUGGUAUAGUGCCUUAAGCCUUUGGGGAGCUACUGUAACACAGGGGCAAAGGGGCAAAGUGCACCAAGGUGUGUUAGUAAGAAAUGGGCUUAUUACUGGAAAUGUCUCCCCCCACUUACACACAAAAAAAUUGGAGCAGGGGAGGGAUCAAUUCUCAUUGCGAUCAAUUCAUAUGGGGUGGGGAAGGUUACUCCCUUGGCAGUCACGUCCUGUUCCCGCUGAAAAUGGUCUCCCUCAAUCAGCUAAUUGCUGCAGUUAGCUCCUUUGGAGGUAUAUAGCAGCUUGGAUGGAGGGCAGGCUUCAGCAGAAAAGGGGGCAUGGCAGGAAAGAGAUAGCCUCCCCCCUCUUCAUGUGUUGCAUCCUGGAUGGGACCAUAGCUCAGUGGCAGAGCAUCAACUCUGCACGCAGAAGGUAGGGGUGUGCACGGACAGUUUGGUGCGGAAAUGGUUCACCUCUGAACCGGGCCGGUUCAGAGGUUUGAUCAUGGACCAAACAGGGUCUGUCAACCCAAACCUGGCCCAGUUCUGGUAGACUGGUUCUGCGCCAAAUCGACAGCUGGUGGGGGCAGCAAGAGAGACACUUAAAAGGCCCUCUUACCUCCAAAUGUGCUGCCCAUUCAAGGUAAAGCGUCCCUUACCUCCUUUACGGUCCAAAGGUACCCAUUCCCUCUGAGGACACCACAAUGUCUUAGUGGUGUCCACACAUGCAUGAUGCAUGCAGGCCAGAACCAAGCUGCAGUUGAGGAGGCAGCUUGGUAUAUGAGUCAGGAGCACGUGCACACUUUUGUUAUGGGCUGUGCCGGGGGUGGGGAGUAGGGCAGGGGCAGUGCACUUGGAGGUAAGAGGGUCUUUUAACUAUUUCUCUCGCCACCCCCUUCACAGAGCCAGCAUUUGCUCAAACCAGUUCGGCCCAAGGGGGUUUGAUUCGAAUUGAUUGGAAUUUGAACUGAACUGCGGUUUUUGUUUCGUUCACACCCCUAGCAGAAGGUCUCCGGUUCACUCUCUGGCUUCUCCAGGUAGGGCUGGGAAAGACUUCUUCCCGAAACCUUGAAAAGCCGCUGCCAGUCAGUGUAGACAAUUAGUGGUGCACAUAGGGCUUCGGAGGCCACCACCACCCUGCUGCAAAACACACACCCCUUAAUUUUUGUUUUGUUUUUAAUAAAACUUGCCUAACUGAAGGCACCCUGGAGACUGUGGCUGGCGGGCAAGAGGUGACCUUGUGGGGAAAGAACUUGUGCAGGCAGAGAGAGUGCUGGCGCUCCCAGGGCCAGCCCACCUUUGUGGAGAGGAGGUAGAAGGGGGGCUACAUGAGCCCCCCACCCAGCCCGCUCCCCUGCUUUCCUUGCAGCAAGAUGACUCACUCAGGCCAGCGUCCAGCAUCUGCUCAUUGGCUCAUAUGGUCCACUCAAUGCACCCCAUGAUGAUUGUGCUGCCUCCUGUGCUCCUCCACUGUGCCACUGAGGGAUGGAGGGAGGCAGCAGCCGAGCGGCCCUCACAGCCCCGCAAUGCCCCUUCCUGCUUGGCCCUGCACGGAGGCAGCAGCGCCUCCUCCUGUGGCCAGCCAGGAAUGCCCUGCCUUGGCUGUUUGGGCCCCUCCUGUGUUCCCCUCCUCCCUGCUGCCCUGGCCUCCCUCUGUGCCUGGAGAGGUGCCCCUGGGCUUCCCUCGAUGCCUCCUCCUGGGACUUCUCUGGAAACAGGAGGAGGAAAGCCCCAUAGCAGCGGUGGAGUGGGUGUGGGGUGGUGGCAGGCCUCUGGAGGUCCCCCAGAAAAAUUGGAGGGCCCCCCCCCAGAGAAAGGAGGCCACGGACCAGAUCCCCAAGGUCUGUGGGAAAGAGCACCUCUGUAGACAAUACUGAACUAGAUGGAUCCAUGUAGACAAUACUGAGCUCUGAUCAGACUCAGUAUAAGGCAGCUUCCUAUGUUCCUUGCACAUGGGGCCGUAGCUCAGUGGUAGAGCAUCUGUUUGGCAUGCAGAAGAUCCCAGAUUCAAUACCUGGCAGCUUCUUCAGGUAGGGCUGGGAAAGACUCCUGCCUAGAACCUUGGAUAGCCACUGCCAGUCAGUGUAGGCAAUUCUGAGCGUGAUGUCAAAAGACCAAUGGCCUUACUCAGUAUAAGGCAGCUUCCUGUGUUCCUCUAUCCCAAAUUUGCCCCUCUUCUUCUGCUGUGUUAUUUUAGAGAAAAUAGGUACUUCUGGGGAAAUGCAAGUUGUGCCCCUCUAGUUUGGCCCAAAGAGAGAGAAUGAGUUCUGAACUGUGACCAUCCUCCUUGUAGCUUGACCUCCAGCUCCUUAUAUAUGAGGGACACAAUAUUUCAAUAAAAUGUUCUUUCAAAAGUAAGGUUUCAUGGUUGUGAUGUACCCUGGUAGCAACUGGUGAAGAAGACAGGAAGAGUUUGCUGUUAUGAAAGCCCCCCACUCCUGCCCAGACACUUCCUCAGGAAGCAGAUGCGAUGGGUACGUUUUCUUCCAGAAGUGUUAGAUCCUUUUUACCACUGCUGCCUUUGCACUGUGGGAGUACAUCCAAGAACACAUAAUUCCUUGGAAUUGUCCCAAGUACAUUGUACUUAGGAGAGAGAUGGUGGUUGCUGGCUGAGAUGCUAUUGGGAGGAACAAGGAACGUUCAUUAACAUAACACAAAUUAUUUGUUGCAAAUCCUUUCUGAGAAUCCUUUAAAUUCAGAAAUGAAUAUUUUAUUUUAUUCUAAAAACCCACCACUCUUGCCUUCUCUCCCAUGUGUGUCUAUUUAAAAUUAAAUAGCCCAGAGGAGAUAUGAUGGUGGUGGUGGUGGAACAGAGAAGCUGCAGAGUCUUACCAACCUUCUUGCCUUGUGAAGAACUGGGACUCUGUAAAAUACUUGGAGGAUGUGUGGAUGAGCGUCUGGGUUCUGAUGCUGCCAUAAAGGGGAAAGAGGCAAAGAGAGCAGAUGUGCUGGGUAUGUUUAGGGAUGUUUGCUCGAGGCAGGAGUUCCCAGCCUUGGGUCCUAAGAUGACGAAAACUCUCAUCACUCCCAGCCACAUUGGCUUAAGAUAUACUACAAUGCAGGGCUGAUUUGGCCCUCCAGCUGAUUUUUGGACUACAGUUCCCAUCAUACCUGGCCACAGGGGCCAAUAGUCAGGGAUGACAGGAAUUGUA